UUCAUCGUACCACAGUGUGACAAGUCCAUCAUCCCAACUCCAGUUCCAUCUUCAAUGGCCAAAGCAAUCUCUCCGCCAAAUUUAUUCCAGAAAGUUGUUCUUAAAUACCCUAUACACAGAGCCUUCGACAUUACCAUCUUCUUCCUUCUCGUAUCUCUCCUCGUUUAUCGUCUUCUCUAUCUCAGCAACCAUGGAUUUGCUUGGGUUCUCGCUCUCCUAUGCGAGUCAUGCUUUACCUUCAUCUGGGUUGUCACUGUCAGUAGCAAAUGGAAUCCAGUGGAAUACAAGACAUACCCAGAACGACUUUCACAGAAUGCACAGGAUCUUCCUCCUGUGGAUAUGUUUGUGACAAGCGCAGACCCGGUGCUUGAACCGUCAAUACUCACUGUAAACACAGUCAUAUCCUUAUUGGCAGUUGACUAUCCAGCAGAUAAACUAGCUUGCUAUGUAUCGGAUGAUGGUUGCUCCCCUAUAACCUACUAUUCUCUUGUUGAAGCAUCCAAGUUUGCUAAGAUUUGGGUUCCAUUUUGCAAGAAGUAUAACAUUCAAACUAGAGCUCCAUUCAGAUACUUUUCUAGUGAGCUCAUUUUAACCGGCAGUUGUAAUUCCUUGGAAUUCCAGCAAGAAUACAACAAGAUGAAGGAUGGGUAUGAGGAGCUUGCCUCCAAAAUCAAAGAUGCAGUCGAAAAAUCCAUGGAGUGGGAUCUAAUCGGUGAUUUUGCCGUCUUCUCGAAUAUGGAGCGCAAAAACCAUCCGACUAUUAUCAAGGUUAUAAGGGACCAGAAUGAUGCUGGACUUUCAGAAGCAUUGCCGCAUUUAAUUUACGUAUCAAGAGAGAAGAGGCCAGAGCAUCCACAUCGCUAUAAAGCAGGUGCCAUGAACGUCUUAACCAGAGUCUCUGGAUUGAUAACAAAUGCUCCAUUCAUGUUGAACGUGGACUGCGACAUGUUUGUCAACAAUCCACAGAUUUUUCUGCAUGCGAUGUGUCUGUUACUCGGUUCCAAUGAUGAAAGAGAAAGCGGGUUUGUUCAGUGUCCUCAAUGUUUCUAUGAUGGACUCAAGGAUGAUCCAUUUGGGAACCAGUUCGUGGUUGAACACAAAUACAUGGGGAAGGGAGCAGCUGGGAUUCAAGGGCCUUUUUAUGGAGGAACAGGAUGUUUUCACAGAAGAAAAGUCAUUUAUGGUUCAUGUCCCGAUGACAUCGGAAAUCAAGCAAAACGUCUCACUCCAGUUCAUGGUGGUUUAUCAUACAAGGAGCAGCUAAGGAUAUUUGGCGGUUCAAAGGAGUUUAUCAGAUCAGCUGCUCAUGCACUACAAGGGAAGGAAAAUAUUAGUCCUCAAAAUCUUCCCACCUUAGUUGAGGCAGCACACCAGGUUGCUGGUUGUGGCUACGAGUACGGUACUAGCUGGGGCAUAGAGGUGGGUUGGCAAUAUGGAUCCGCAACAGAAGACAUCCUCACUGGAUUAAUGAUCCAAGCUAGGGGCUGGAGGUCCCUUUUUUGCACACCGGAUCCUCGUGCCUUUCUGGGGUGUGCCCCUCCGGGCGGACCGAUCUCGAUGACCCAGCAAAAGAGGUGGGCAACAGGUUUGCUUGAAAUAUUGAUCAGCAGAAGAAGCCCCAUUGUUGCCACAGUUACUGCCAGACUCCAGUUUAGACAGUGUUUGGUGUAUCUCUCGUUCCUUACUUGGGGGUUACGCUCUAUUCCUGAGCUUUGCUACGCGGUGUUGCCAGCUUAUUGUACCAUCACCGACUCGAGUUUCCUGCCCAAGGUGCAUGAGCCAGCCAUAUAUAUCUACAUGGCCCUUUUCCUGAGUUACGUCAUCUACACUCUAAUAGAGUACCUCGAAACUGGAUUGUCAAUCCGUGCAUGGUGGAAUAACCAAAGGAUGGCUAGAAUAAAUGCAAUGAAUGCAUGGUUAUUUGGAUUUAUAAGUGUAAUCUUGAAGGUUUUAAGAAUAUCAGAUGCAGUUUUUGAAGUUACACCAAAAGACCAAUCUUCAAGUAAUGAUGGCGAUGAAGGCAGGUUCACCUUCGAUGCUUCGCUGAUUUUUGUGCCUGGGACAACCGUUCUGCUGCUGCAACUCACGGCAUUGAUCAUGGGAUUCCGAGGCAUGCAACUAUCAGUUAACGAUGGCUCAGGGCUGGGAGAGAUAUUGUGUAGCUUAAUGGUGGUCUUAUGCUUCUGGCCAUUUCUGAAAGGCCUGUUUGCAAAAGGAAAAUAUGGGAUUCCUCUAUCCACAAUAUUCAAGUCAGCUUCUUUGGCAUUAUGUUUUGUGCUCGUGGCCAAGCGUGCAUGAUCAAUGGGUCAAGCCUAAUGUUUACCCGCAUGAUGCAUCGAUUAAGUCGAUGGUGUGGAAGGAUUGCAAGUUUUUUGAUAAUUUGACUCGGCAUCUUUUUAAAUGAAUUUUCUUAUCAUGUCUUUCCUAUAAUAAACAAAAAUAUUGGUUAUUUCAAGCGAAGAGGAGUUAUCUGCAUACAAUACAACGUAGG